GCCGUUGUAUAGUGAGGUAAAUACGGACACAUGUAAAUCAGCCUCUUUUACACUGACGUCGCUCAACAUGUCGCUGAUCAUCCCAGAGAAAUUCCAGCACAUCCUUCGUAUCGUUGGUACGAACAUUGAUGGUAACCGGAACAUCAUGUUCGCGUUGACCAGCAUCAAAGGAGUUGGAAGACGUUACGCCAACAUUGUAUGCAAGAAGGCAGAUAUCGAUUUAACCAAGCGUGCUGGAGAAUGUACCGAAGAGGAGGUUGAAAAAAUCGUCACCAUCAUGACCAACCCCAGACAAUACAAAAUCCCAGACUGGUUCCUCAACAGACAAAAGGAUAUCAUUGACGGAAAAUACUCCCAGCUCACCAGUUCCAACUUGGACUCUAAAUUGCGUGAAGAUUUGGAACGCAUGAAGAAAAUCCGCGCUCACCGUGGUCUUCGUCAUUUCUGGGGUCUUCGUGUCCGAGGACAACAUACCAAGACAACUGGUCGACGUGGUCGUACUGUUGGUGUGUCCAAGAAGAAGUAA